CUCCCUAGUUCGGACAUCCAAGGAUGUUAUCACGCCUCACAACAUCAUCAAGGCUGUCUACACUGUCCUUAGGAUAGAGAGUUCGGGUCUAAUUGGUGAUUCGAGAGUCACGGUCGGCAAAUCUAUCUGGGUCGAACACCAAACCACACUGUCAAAAGGUCUAAUCCUCCUUGUAAGCAUCGCACCAAUUUACACCGUUGGACAGAAAGCUUAA